AUGUUUAAAUCAGAGCAAUUAAUAAAUGAAAAUGAAUGCGAUUAUAGCAACCUUAAGCCAAUUGAAGUAUUCAAAUACCCUACUCUAGCUGCAAAAAUAAUAUUGGACGUCAAUUCAAGUAAUAUUUCUCAAUCAUCAUCGCAAAUCAAUGACCUCAUUAAAAACAAUAGAAUAACUAUCCAAAUGGCGCUUUAUUUGAUUGACAAAUUUUCUAAAGUUCGACCUAAAGAAAUUGAAUCAUUUUCGAAACUUUAUCAAAACAUAUUAAUCGAAUUCUCAUGCAUCACAAAACCUAAAAAUGAAAAGCUUGCAGCAAUGUUACAUAAUAAAAGAUUCAAAUUGGAAAAUUACAAUUUAUAUUCAACAAAUUCUCCUUUAUUCUACAUUGCAUUCGAUAAAGUUGAUGAUCUUAAGAGUAAAUUCCCAAAAUUUAAUGUUUAUCGGAAAAUAGAUGAAAUCACACCACUUGAUUGGGCAAUUAAAUACGGAUCAGAAUUAUGUUUCAACUACUUGAAAAAUAUGGGAGCUCUUUACACAAAUAACUCUGAGGAAUAUGCUGUUCAAGGAGGAAAUAAAAACAUUUUUAUGCAAAUGAUAGAAGAUGGUAAAUCAUUUGAUAAGAUGAUUAAUAUUGCUUUGGAAUAUCAUAAUAAUGAAAUUGCUGAGUACCUUAAAUCAAAUUGUGGACAAACUUUUGAUUCAAUUGCUGAAAGCAUGUAUUUUGGAAAUUAUGAUGUUGCAUCUUAUUUACUUUCUCAUAGUGCAAAUGUCAAUAAAAUUUACAUUCUUUUUCUUUUCAUAUUAUGCGUUGUUUUUUGA